AUUCAUAAAAAAUUUGAUAUUUCUAAUGUUCAAGCACUCAGGCAAUUAGCAUUUCAGAAUGUAAAUUACAAAACAACUAUAAAGUAUCCAUCACUUUCAACGAUUUCAACAACAGUUUCACCUGCAUCAAAUACUUACACUGAUAAAGCCAAUCAAUCAACAUCUCUGAAUGCUAUUUAUGAAGCAACAACCAAAUUACCAUCAUGGUCAACAAUCGAUUCAUCUAAGUCAACACAUGCAAAUGCAAAAGGUAUGGUUAAGCAAGAUAUUUCAUCAUGGAUUUCAUCAAGGGGAUUUAAUCCAAAAACUUUUAAUUGCAAACCACCGAAUGCACGAUUUUUCGUAAUUAAAGCUUAUACCGAAGAUGAUGUUCAUAAAUCGAUAAAAUAUGAAAUUUGGGCCACUACAGAAAUCGGUAAUCGCCGUUUGGAUAAGGCUUUUCGUGAUAAUGCAGAUAAAGGUCCAAUUUAUCUGUUUUUUAGCGUUAACGCAAGCGGACAUUUCUGUGGUAUGGCAGAAAUGCUUACUCCUGUAUAUUAUACAAUUUCUUCCUCUGUUUGGGCGCAAGAUAAAUGGAAGGAAGUGUUUAAUGUUAAAUGGAUUUUCGUUAAAGAUAUUCCCAAUGGCCAGUUGAGGAAUAUUAGAUUAUUAAAUAAUGAAAAUAAACCUGUUACUAAUAGUCGUGAUACUCAAGAACUUUAUCCUGAACCUGGUCAUGAAAUGUUGAAACUAUUCUUCGAUUAUCGUAGCAAAACAUCAAUAUUAGAUGAUUUCGAAUUUUAUGAUAAAUGUCAAGUAGAAAUGCGAAGAUAG